AUGGACAUUCAAGCUUAUGGGCGAAGAGCCGACUCGAUAGCGCCUGGUUGUCCAGCCCCGUGCCAUUUUGAUGAUUUCGUCAAUUAUCUGCAAAGGGCUGGAAAGACGCUCGAUCCUGGCCAGAAGACCUCAGUCGGGACGGAUCUCUGGCCUGACGCAACGAAGACCGCCAAAGAGCUCGCAGGUCUCAAGUCCGGCGGGAAAGACUUCGUUCCCAACCAGGACCCCGAUAAGAUCUUCCAGAGUGGCUGGUGGACGGGCCCCAAGGGCGGCAACCCCAGUCUCAGCGACAUCCUUACCAAGGUCACCGACAAGAUCCAAGACGUCCGUACCAUUUACGGCGACAACAGGGAGGGCAUCACCAAGGAAGGCCUCGAGCAGUCCCGCACCGCGAUAGUCGGCGUCCACGAGGCACGUCUCGCCGACAUGGGCACGGACUACAUCGACGAGCUCAACGACUACCUCAAGAACCAAAAGGGCCGGUCGUAUACUGUAGACACGCACACGCCGACGGCGCAGGACGGGACAACGUACACCGAUGUGGACCACGACAAGACGAGUGCGAGCCAUUCCGAGUUCGCGCAGGAUUACAAGGACUUCCAGUCGUGGUUGGGCAGCCAGCCGAGGAAGGGCCAGGGGAGGACCGCGGUGGUGAAGAGGCACUGGGAUGCUAUCCAAGGGGUAGAGAAGUUCGAGAAUCGUGUUUGGGGAGGCCCCUAUUGUUGA